AUGACACAAUCAGAUGUUGAGUUGCAACUGCAAAGAUUAGAAGGUACAAACAUCAACUCUACGGAAGCUGACAUCCAUCUAGAUGGAGGAGCAGGAGAAGAGGAGGAAGAGCUUAAUGGCCCAUUACUUAUUGAACAGCUUGAAGGAAAUGGAGUUACUGCCUCAGAUAUCAAAAAACUUAAAUCAGAAGGGUUCCAUACUAUAGAAAGUAUUGCAUAUACUCCAAGAAGACACUUGAUGACCGUGAAAGGUAUCAGUGAAGCCAAAGCAGAAAAAAUUUCUCUUGAGGCUGCAAAACUAGUUCCGUUAGGUUUCACAACCGCGUCUGAAUUCCAUUCGCGUCGUUCAGAGUUGAUCUGUUUGACGACAGGAUCGAAACAACUAGACACUUUGCUUGGUGGUGGUAUUGAAACUGGAUCAAUCACUGAGGUGUUUGGUGAGUUUAGAACUGGUAAGUCUCAAUUAUGCCAUACAUUGUCAGUCACGUGUCAGUUGCCUAUAGAUAUGGGUGGUGGCGAGGGUAAAUGUCUUUAUAUUGAUACUGAAGGUACUUUCAGACCCAAUAGGUUGGUCUCCAUUGCUGAACGGUAUGGUUUAAAUGCGAAUGAUUGUUUGGAUAACGUCGCUUAUGCGAGAGCAUACAAUGCCGAGCAUCAGUUGAACUUGUUGAACUUGGCAGCUGAAAUGAUGGCGGAAUCAAGAUUUUCAUUGUUGAUUGUUGAUAGUAUCAUGUCGUUGUACAGAACCGAUUAUGCCGGAAGGGGUGAGUUGAGUGCAAGACAAACCUCGGUGGCGAAAUUCAUGAGGACUUUGCAACGUUUAGCCGAUGAAUUUGGUAUUGCCGUGGUGAUUACCAACCAAGUUGUAGCACAAGUCGAUGGAAUGUCAGGAAUGUAUAAUCCAGACCCAAAGAAGCCAAUUGGGGGUAACAUCAUCGCACAUUCAUCUACGACUAGAUUAUCGUUUAAAAAGGGUAGAGCAGAAACAAGAAUUUGUAAGAUUUACGAUAGUCCCUGCUUACCUGAAAGUGAAUGUGUCUUUGCCAUCUACGAAGAUGGUAUUGGCGAUCCAAAGGUUGAAGAUGAUUAG